AUGGACGACCGCGAGCGCCCUCAGAGCCCUCCCCACCUGCGGGGCGAGGACGAUCAGACCAUCGAAGCGCACCUGCGCAGGAUUCGCGAGAAGAAGGCCAACGCGAUUGUUCCUCCCGCCCCACUGCCACCGCAAUCGACGCCAUUCUCCGCCCCGCCGACGCUCGGCGAGUUCCCAGAGCUCUCAGUCUCAGCCUUCACGCAGCUGCGCUCACUCUGGCUCGAUGACAGUGGCACGGUGCACCAGGAGAAGGGUCGAAGCACCGCUGUAGCCGUUGGCGCUGGCGCUGGCGCUGGCGAGCAUGCGUCCGAAAAGACCAACCCAUUGUUACCGGCUUCGACCGGCGGCCUCCAGCGCCGAACAAUCGGCCUCCCCUUGGACCGACACGCACACUCUUUGGAUCUUACAAAUGUGGCAUCACGCGACACGCUCGGAUCACUGGGCUCGCUCAACCCGUCGUUCAGCGAGUCGGUGACGACGCUCUCGGGCCUGCUUCCGGCUUCCCAGAUCCGGAAGCGCAAGCUCAUGGCCCAUCCGGCUUCGCUCGCGCCGGAGAACCGCGUUCCGCCGACGCUGGCGAGCAAGUCGGAGCUCGGCGCCGAGCAGAAGGCUGUUCUGAUCCGGCGCACGCGCAAGCUCGAGCAGCUCCUCGGCGAGACGCUCGGCGAGCGCCAGGUCGAGCGCUACGUGAUUGACCCGAGCACGGCGCCGACGACGGUUCAGACACAUAUCGACGAGAAGUCGUGGCCCCGCCCGAGCAGCAAGCCCGAGUGGGAGCGUGAGGACUGCGUCCCGCGUAUCGCGACCACCCCAGUGUCUGCUGUCGACCAGCCCACAAGACCAGGCCACCAGCGCACAAAGUCACGCCUGGAGCGUGCACGCGACAUGUUCCUCGGCCCAUCUACGCCCCCAAUCCCUCCCCAAAUCCAGGUGUUUGUCGCCCGCGAGACGCAUGUGGCGGAGACUGGGCCUCGAAAGGUCCCGUCACUCAACCUGGGCACUGCAAGCCGCGCCAGACUGCCCGUUGGCGGCGUCUCGCCCACAUCGCCUACGAGCCCUGGGUUCCGCGACGAAGACACGGAAGACGUCGCCUUCCGGGACCGCCGCACACGUCUGUCGAAGCUCCAGCGCCUACUCGGGGCCCCAGUGCCUCCAGAGCUCCUCCGAUCGCCCUACUCCUCGGCGUGCAACAGCCCCACUCCUCCUCUACCAGCCGAUGACCCCACCGUGUCGACACACUCGCUUCCUGCCCUCGACAGCCAGUUCCACAACCGGUACGGGGGCGCCAAGAUCCGGCACUCGUCGUCCGUGUCCGAGCGGCGACGCUCCGGCAAUGCGCCGCCGGGCCUCACGGCCCUCGUCAACUCGUCACCGAUGCCCGACGACGAGCGCAAGGUCGCGCUCAGGCGGGUAAACAAGCUCGACCAGAUGUUUGGUGACGCGCCGCCUGCCAACCUCUUCCUGCCUGUGUUUCAACCCGACAGAGAGACGCACAGCGAGGGCGGGCACCCGAGCGCGAGUGCGCCGGAGUUCUCCCCGCGGCCAGAACGCGAGGUGUACGAGUCGUACCGCUACUCGAUCCAGGGCCUAAUCCACCUCAUCGAGCACGACCAGACGAGGCUGGCCACCAUCGUCGACGAGCUGACCAUGGCGACGCUCGUCGACGAGUUCGGUACCUCAACCCCUGCGCCGCCGCCGCCACUGAACAGGCGCCCGACGUCGCCCGUAUCCCCGCGACUCGUGCGCUCGCUGUCCAAGGCCAAGAGAUGGUCCGUCGACAUGGUACGCUCCAUGUCGCCCACGGCCUCCCCCACGUCGCCGUCCCGCGUGUCAGGGUGGCCACAGCAUCGGUUCAGCCACAACAGCAUGCCCGUGUCGCCGACGUCUCCGAGCUCGCGCUCGUCCGAGUCGACGUCCACGUCGGCGGGCACGCGCUCAUCGAUGGGCACGCGCGAGUCCCACUCGCGCCUCCCGCCGAUCCCGCAUUCGCCCACGACGCCGGCCGCGCCCGACGCGGCGCGCCGGACGGCCAAGCUGGGCCGCUUCUUCGGCGAGGAGGGGCUCGACUUUUCCACACCCCCGCCGCCGGUUGAGCUCCGAUCUCCCACACCUGACGAGCCGUCGUCGUCCCGCGGCCGCGCGCAGACGCUCGACUCGGUCCUCGGAGAGCUGUGGCGCUCCGUCCAGGCCGACAUGAAGCGCGGCGGCCUCGGCCAGGCCGACGCCGCCCGCCUCAACGACCUCAUGCGUACCCUCGGCCGCAAGCGCGCCGCUGCUGGUGAAUGGGCCGAGCUGUAG